AUGAUAGAAUUUGGUAUAGAAGUUUUUGUGCAUGUUCCAAAACAACCUCGAAGGAAAUGGGAUCCCAAAGGAGAAAAAGGAUUGUUCAUGGGAUAUGGAGAGACCACAAAAGAUUAUAGAAUUUACAUGACAAAUAAAAGAGAUGUUGUGAUUAAAAGAGAUGUGGUAUUUACUGGACGAGACGAUUCUAAACCAGAAAAAGAAGACAAGAAGAAAGAAGUAGAGAAGGUGAAGAAUAAUAUACAGGACAUGCAAUUUGAAGUAAAUGCACCUGGAAACAAAGAUAAAGUAAAUAAUAUAUUAAGAAAUGAAAGAGAACCGACCACUAUGUCAGAAAAUAGAUACUUUAGUCAAAUAGCAGAAGACAAUAUUGAAAAUGAAGAAAGAGAAAUCAUACAAUAUGGUAAUGAGGAAAAUAUACAAGACGCAAUAAUUAACGAAGACGUGGAAGAAAGAUUUGAGGACGCUAUUGUUGAUGAACAAACUGAAUCCGUAGAAGAACGCAAUGAAGAAGAGACAAGUGUUGAAAUAGACGGAGAGACGAGAACUUUGCGGCAGCCAUUUUGGGCAAAGGAUUAUGACUUUGGUUUGAUUAUGAAUGUGGAUUUAGACCCAACAAACUUUAUAGAGGCUAUGGAAAGUUCAGAAUCAGAAAAAUAG